CUAUUAGUUAUAAUGACAAUAAAUUAGUUAAUAUAAAAAUUAAGGAUGUGACUGAUGAUAACUGUGUAAAAGCAAUAAUUGUUGAUGAAGAAGACGAAAUCUGGUUUAAUUUAAGAGAUUUAGAAAAUUUAGUAUCUAACUGUUUUGAAAAUACAGAUGAGAAUGAUCAAGUAAAUUUUUCAGAAACUUUUAAGUUUAAUGAUGAAUUAAUUGAUUAUUUAUUAAACAAAAACCAAGAGAGUGAUGAAAAAAAAAUAUAUCAUAAUAUAGCUGAAUUUCUUUUUUUACCUAUUGAAUCUGGAUUCUAUUAUUAUUAG